GGCUUGGGGGUUGAUAUCAGUGGCAAGGAACUGCCAAUCCGGCUUAAUUUUAGCCAAGGAAAUGGCAAUGUUACCACAGCCGGUCCCAAUAUCUAGCACCCAAUUUUGCAAAAUUAAAAUAACAUAUUAUGGAAAAUCAAAAAGUUAA